GCCAUUCGAUUAUCCCCACCAAAGUAGGUUGAUCAUUCCUUCAUUCCAUUAUUGGCGCUCCUGUCGAUUAAAAAAAAAAUCGUGCUUCAAAAAAAAAAUACUGAUGCAUAAAUUUUUUUUUUUAUAUUUGAUUUGCAGAUCUUCGAGGAUGGUGGAAUCGAUGCAAUUACCUCCGCCGAAACCUUCCUCGCUUUUGCUCAAGCGAUUAGCCCCCAAGCAUGGUAAAACACCUCAACUUACCAUUUUCACCCCAUCGUAUGCUCAAAAUCACCACGCCGCAAUUCAUUCCGCCCCUUUGCGACCCAUGGUAGCUACCCAACGAGUGAAACCCAAUAAAAUUGUCAAGCGACAACCAUCGUCGCGCUUGCCGCCUAAAACGGCUUCAGCUAUUACGGCACCUUACAAGAUAACCGAAUUCCCGAGUCCACCCAUUGUACCAUCGCAACAACCGGCUACUUCCACUGCCACGUCGACCUCGGUUCAUCGUCCAUCGUCCGCUUCCAAUGCUGCUCACGCUGCAGCAGCAGCAGCAGCAGCAGCGGCCACCGCCGCCGCCGCUGCCAGUGCUACGGCCUACCGGUUCAAUGUCGCUCACUCGUCUGUGCCAAAGACGCCUGCACCACUGACACAGAAGCAGCAGUUUCUUCGGCCAUUUGAAUUUUUGUACGACAAUAUUGAGCACACACAAACCCUCAAGGCCACGUUGGAUGACCAAAUCCGUCGAUCGUCCACGUUGAUCCGUAGUCUACAAUCGUCUGGCACAAUGAUAGAAUCUCUAGUACGGCGCCAAGUGCGAGAAAUGGUGGAUCAGGAGUUUGACGAUAAAUUAGCCGAUUGUGUUGAACGGAUUCACGCCCUGGAACAACGGUUGCAGCUACGCGACGCUCCUUUAUCACCCAAACACUCUCCUUCGCCAUCGCCACCGGGCCAGCCUGCAUCGGAUAAACAACCAAUGAUAAGGGAAAUGUUUUCUGAACUAAUGAAUCGUUUGGAUCAACUGGAAAACAAAAUGGCUCCUACAGUCGCAUCGUAAGAGAGAGACCCAAAGAUCACAUACGCACACGUAGAUAACCGAACGUAAAAAACACACACACAACCCAAAAAUUACCCUAUAAUCACUUUUUGAUACCCCCUUAUAUUUCCUUUCAGUCCAUUCAUUUUCCACAUAUACAUCCUCAAUGCACCUCAUCCCAAUUUAGCAUCGCAAAUACCUUGGCUUC